CUAGGCGCAGUGCUGUGGUUUAUUGUAAUAUUUAAUGUUUUCAUCGGAAAACUGUCUUAUAAUCAAUGAAAUAACUAAAUAUUGACCAGAAAAAGUUGAUGAUCGUUAAAACAUCCAAUGAACUUCAAUUUUUAAUAGAUCUCGAGGACGGAGCAGCCACUCCGAACCGUUAAGCGCACGCUUGACACACCACCACGCUCGAGUACAUGUGUAUGCAAAUAAUAAACUCUGGUUUUAUCAUCACGGGGAUGGGCAGUUUCAUGAAUGAGUGUUCAACGACGAGAUGUGUAUUGAAACUCACAACUGAUCUGAACAAGAGAAACCAAAGAAUAACAAUUUCUUUUUUGAGAAAUGGCCCAAACUAAACCUCCAACGGGCGGUAGUGAAGAGAAGAAUCAGUCUCCUCACGAUAGUGGAGACGAUAGCGAAGAUGAAAGCAAGGUUUUGGAAGAGAGUCCAUGUGGAAGGUGGCAGAAGCUGAGAGUUGUGGUAACUCAAAGAGAUGUACCUGGCAUCGAUGUUGCCUACCUGGCUAUGGACACAGAAGAGGGAAGAGAGGUCGUCUGGAAUGAGGUUCAGUUUUCCGAGAGGAAAAACUUUAAAUUACAAGAGGACCAAAUCAAGCAAGUAUUUGAUAACUUAACCCAACUGGAGCACUCAAACAUUGUCAAAUUUUAUAAGUAUUGGAUUGAUUUGAAGACAGAGAAGCCUAGAGUUAUUUUCAUUACUGAGUACAUUACUUCUGGAUCAUUGAAGCAGUUUUUAAAGAAAAGCAAGAAAAAUAGGAAGGUCAUCCAAUCAAAAUCUUGGAAGAGAUGGUGUACACAAAUAUUAUCUGCCCUCAGCUAUCUACAUUCUUGUGAACCACCCAUUACUCAUGCAAAUCUGACGUGUGAUGCAAUCUUCAUUCAGCAUAAUGGGCUUAUCAAGUUUGGCUCAGUUGCUCCCUACACAAUACAGAAGCAUGUAAAGACGUAUAGAGAAGAGCAGAAAAAUAUCUACUAUAUUGCACCUGAGUAUGGAGAAGUAACUGGGAAUAGUCACUGUGGCCUUUGCUGCAAUCAUCCAUCACAAGUCACCACUGCUGUGGAUAUUUACUCAUUUGGGAUCUGUGCUCUCGAGAUGGCUGUACUAGAGAUCCAAGGCAAUGGUGACAGCAACAGAAUCUCCAAAGAAGCUAUCACAGCUGCUCUCAACUCCAUAGAAGAUCCAUUACAAAAGGAUUUCAUUGAGAAGUGUCUGGAGGAGGAUCCCAAGAAAAGAAUAACAGCACGGGAACUACUUCUACAUAAAGUUCUCUUUGAAGUUCACUCACUCAAACUGCUGGCAGCUCAUAGUGUUGUACAAUAUGAACAAAUACCAGAAAAUUUGAUGGAAGAACUUAAUGCAAACCAGUCCCCUGAUGCUGUUUUAGCAACAAUAUCACACAGUGACGGCCGGGAAGGUGUUCACUUGAAAAUAUCAGAUGUUCCGUCUCUAGAAUUGGAAAAAUUCCUAGAGGAUGUUAAAAAUGGAAUCUAUCCCUUGACAGCAUUCAGGAUGUCACAUACACAAUUAUCACAACCACGUCCACAGUCACCUGAGAUGGCGGAGUCUGUUAAAAGCACAACUCCCGAACCAGUUGACAUGGAAAGCCGGCUAAUCAAUUCCAUGAUCUGUACCCUCAAACACCUAGAAGCUGGAACAGGAUUACAUAUGGAGUUAGCAUUAAAGAUGGAUGAUAAGAUGAACAGAGAACUGAGCUGCGAGGUGCAAAGUGAUGAAAGUCCCCUUUUACUUGCUACAGAACUAGUAGAAUUUGGUUUUAUCAGCGUUGAUGACAAGCAAAAAGUAGCCAACAAAAUUGAGACAGAAAUCAGCAAAUUCUUAACAAAUUCAUCCGUGAUGGUGACAACAUAACAGAGGGUGUCACUAUACACAGAAGAUACAAUGCACUCCAAAUCCAAUUUAUAACCUAUCACCAAAGGCCAGCAAGAUAAUUGAGAGAUAACCAGCUGGAAUCGUCCUCAUCAGAUUUUUAAGUUAAAAACACUCCGUCGUCGUCGUAGUAAAAACCCUUUGAGAGACAGGGCCUUAGAAAGUGCUUCAACAGCUGUAGAUUCCCCAGGAGAAAAAAUUUAUUCAGCUAGUAGUCUGUUCCAAAACAAACAACAGCAGCUAUCAGAAGUUCGACGUAUGAGGCAUUCCAUUCCAAAACUGGUGUACUGUUGCUAUAUGUUAAUCAUAAGCAAGUGGCAGCAUUGUAUACUUUAGUACAGAAAAGAUGUAAUACUUUAGCUCAUAACUUCGUCAAUUUCAGUAUAAUGGCCCAUCAUUUUAAAGCUUAUGUGGAGUAUAUGAAUAUAUUAAAAAGUCAAUUUUCUUGUUUUGGCUAUAGAUGCUGGUUUUGGAAUGGCAUGCCCCAUAUGUUUAAAAAAUGCCAGCUUUACAAACUGAAGUCGGUGAUCUAACCUACCAUGUUUAAGGUCAUGGUUUCCUAUGAAUUUAAAAUGCAUCUAGUUACCAAGGCGAUUGCAAUUAUAUGGAAAGCUGGAACCAAUAUGUAGAAAUUCAUAAUUAUUUAUCUAGGGGGUCUUCUCUAUGUUGCAAGUGCAACUGUAGUUACCUUAAGUUUUUAUAAAACAUUUCAUUCAAAAUGGACCAUGCUAAGAGUUUAUUUUUCAUUGUAACAAAUUUUUUUAUGUAGUGGCAUUACCAUGUAUACCUGUUGUGAGACAAUGGGGUUUUUUUGUUUUAUAUUACUAUAACAUUUCCAUAACCCUUAUGUAAACACUCCAUUUUUAAAGAGUGUACUGGGUUUCGUAAGGCAAGGACCGUUUUAUAAAGUAAAUUGUGCUUCAUACUUAAUGCUAAUCGAUUGUCUCUAUGGUUAUUGAUCUAGUUGCCAUGCUAAAUCUGUCACCAUGAUGAUUGGUCUUGUUGCCAUGCUGAUAUUGUUUUUGUUGCCAUAGUUUGACUUAUCACCAUGGAAAAUUACCAUGGGUAUAAUUUUUCCAGCAAAACAUCUUUUUUGGUUCAUCCAUAGGUACAUCAUAAAUUCAGUUUUAUAUUCCAAGUGUUGCAGAAAGUAUCCAUGGAGAUUUCAAUUAGCAUCAAGUAUGAUCUUUGACGCCAACAUAAAUUGGUACAUACAAAUAGUUGUUAUUGUUUUUUCCCCAGACUACUUGCAAAUGCUUGGCUUAUUUAUCACAUCUUCCAAAAACUUAUCUGUUAUCAGUCUCUGGCAAAUGUGUUAACAGUUGACAGAUGAUUCUGAAAUGUUGAAUGCUAAACCUCUGACCUUAGUUGAAGGAUUGUAUAUAAUAUUGUUAGGGUUUACCAGAAGAAAGUGCUGCAUAUUCAAAUAAGUGUCUAACAAACUGGGAAAUAUAUUGUUUAGCUGUUAAGCAUUGUUUUUAUCAAUACUAUUGCUAUUAGUACUAAGCAUUAUUUUUGAUUAAAAAUCAUUAAUGUACAAAUUAGGAUAUUUCUUGUUUUGUUUUUUAAUAUUUCCAUGGCGUGGCGAUGUUGCCAUGUCCCCUACCCUUCUUAAUAAAACUUUUAGUUACAAAUUCAAUCAAAAUUCUAUUUCUAAGAAAUUCUUCUGUUUUGGAUAAAAAUUGACUAUAGAUUCAUGUUAUAGAAGGUUCUAGAUGAAAAAUAAAAAUAAAUAAAUUGGCAAGAAUGUUGAUGCUUAUUAGAGCAAAUUAAUGCUAUUCGUAAUUGGUGCUAUGUAGAAUACCACUAAAAGAAUUUUGACAAACACAAAUCUCAAAUUGUGAAUGUGAAAUAUUAUAUGGGUCACAUAGAUGAAAUAUGUUUAAAGCAGGCAAUCCUGGAAUAUUCCAUCAAUAAAAAAAUAUUCUCCUAGGAGGUUAAAUUGUUUUUUUUUGGUUACUCUAAUUUAUUGGUUGUCUUCAUAAAGUUUGGUACUUAACAGAAAUGUCCCAGACUCAAGUGUACCCAUGUGUGACAUGAAGGUUAUAUGUCAAGUAAGAGCUUCAUGAUAUUUUAACGAAACUAUCUAUCUAUUUAAAAUUUCAAAAUAUAUUAUAAUUAUCCUAAUUAAAUAUAAAAUGACUUUAUAAUUGGAGAGAAAAAUAUUACUAUCGACAAUAUUCAAUCUGCUGUUUGAAGAAAUACUUAAAUUGUAACUUAUAAACUUAACAAAAGUCAAUAUAAAAAUAUAUCAAUAAUAAUACUCAUAAUAUUGAUAAUAAUUAUUAAACCAGAUUUUCUAAUUCCACAAAAGGUUUUGUAAGUACUGUACUGUACAUCUCAACACAGACUAUUUAAAUUUUAAACCCCCAAACAUUUGUGCUUCCUAGGGUUAUCAAAUGUGUGCGGACCUAUCACAAUAACUUAAUCUGUACAUUGUAAUGCAUGUGCUAAAUAGAAUGAAAUUAUAAUUUUUUUCAAGGAAUAUGAGAAGAUAUUUAAUAAAAUAUAAAAUAAUUAAAUGAACAUUUUUGUUUAAAUUUAUCUCCCUUAAUAUGCAGAUAACUUAGUAUCUGCUAUCAACAUUGUUGAAGAAAGCUAAUAUUCUGUUUUGGUUGAAAUGUCUUUUGUUUGCAUAUAAUUUUACACACAAAUCGUUUAGUCAAGUGUAACCUCAUUAUUUUAUUUUAGUUGAAACUUCCAUUUGUUCUGUAGAAAUUUAAGUUACCUCAAAUGAAAUUCUAAGAUUGAAAGUCCAGACGGCAAACAAACAUCAGCUGGAUUUCUGAUGUAAUUAUGAAUUCUACUUUGGUUGAAUUAGAAAAUCUUGGAAAGGUUAAGCAUACAGUUGUUUUUUACAAGUGAUUUAGAGGUAGUACUGUAUGUGCUGUCUAGGUUGCCAGGUCUUUCAUUAUGUUUAAGUUGAUGUAAUAAGCAAGUUUGUGAGAAAUUCUCAUGUUCUCGUUGAUUUAAUCACAUUCUAGGAUAAUCCAUACUUUUAAGUUAAGAAUUAAUGCUUAAUUAAGUUUUUUAUGAAUAGGGUUAAUUUUGUUGAAUAUAAAUAAGGAUGAAUUGAGCAGAGUGUGUCCAUUGUCUCGGCUAAAGCUUUGGGCACAAUACCAAAUUUUCUUUGACAAAAAACAGUUGUAGGCCCAUAUAUAGUAGUCAUGUGCCUAUAUAUGGUCAUGAGAGAUCUCAUCAUGACCAUAUUUAGGCAUAUCACAUGUUUUUGUCAAUACAAUUUGAUAGUGUAGAAAGAGCUUUAGAGUUAUACAAACCUGUGCAAAGUUUAUGAUCUGAGCUGCAGGCAUAAAAAUAAUCUGAACAUGUAGUGUGAUUUGUUUGAGCUUCAUAAUCUGAGCAUGGAGCUAUACAAUUCCAUGAUCCCAGCUAGAAACUCAAAUGAUCCAAACCAUACUUGUACCUUCAUGAUCAGAUCCUUGAAGAUAACUGCAAAGCCCGAACUAUCCGUACAAUUUAAUCUAUGUAUUUUGGAUUUAUUGAAGUUUAACCAAAUAUGUUUAAUCGAGGAAAUGUUUCCCACAUUCUGAUUUUUUUUUUCAAAGCUUAGGUUGAAUACCGUAUAAUUUUUCAUGUUUAUACGGUAAUUAUAGACAAUGAAACUACUGUGGAGAUUUUACAGCUUGCAUUUCAAAGAAAGUUAGGUUUAUUGACUAAAGCUAUACAGACUUACAGACUUGCAAAUUUGAAGUUUGUGAUAUUGUUAACAAGAUUGCUUAUUAUAAGUUUAUUACAAGUAUAUCUGAUGUAGUUAAGAAUUAAAGUUUAAUCAAUCUUUAUAUGUAGCUGUAAUUACCAAAAAAUGCAUAUUAACCAAAUGAUGAUUGAAAAAAGUACAUUAAAUAUGCAGAUUUAAGUGUCCUCUUAGGUCCCUAUGUUGUUACACAACUUGCACAUUACAUCCGUAUUCCUUAAAUAUUCAAAUUUCAAGACUUUAUGAAAGUUAUGAACUUUUAAAUAUUGUCUCAGUGAAGUUUAAUAAUCGAGUCUCCAAGAGGUGUUAUCAUGGUAUUUGUCAAGACUCCUUUUUCAAGAGGGAAACUUCUACUAUAGGUAAAGAUUUUACCUUGUUUCUUGUUGGGGCUCCCUUUUCCAAGAAGUGUAGUUACAGUAGGAAGAGUUUUUUUUCCUAGUUCUUGAUGGACUCCUCCUUUUCCAAAGACUAGUUCCAUUUGGGAAACUCUUGCCUGGUUCUUAUUAGGACCCUUCCCACAAGGAGUAUAGAUCCACUAUGAAGUGUGUUGCCUAUUUCUGGUCGUAUUACCCUGGUUGUUCUCCCAAGAAUAUAGAGUAAGCAGGGUACUGCAUUUACAUCCUUGUUAUUGUUCACAAUAAGUGCAGGAAUCCUGUAUCUGUUUAUUUAUUCAUUAUUUUGAAAUAAGAAUGCAAUUUAAAUUGUAAAUAUCAGGCACUUACUAAACUGUUACAUGAUACUAAGGUAGUUAAGGAUCUUUAAAAUGGUGCGUAACUUGUUUGAAAAUCUUGACAUUAAAUGGAGAGAGAAUAAAAUCCCCAAUCUUCCAUUUAAUAGUGACCAGUGGAUGUUAUGGUUGUUGCAGGUGUUGUGCACUUACCUUUGGCCAUGCUCAGCUGUCCUCAUAAAUUGCAUUUUUAUCCACUGUUGUAGCGUACUGUAGUUGCCAUGUAAGAAGUUCUUAGUAUCUGCUAUCAAAAAAAUGUUUUGCACUCUCUCAUCCGAGUAUGGUGCAUUUAUGUAGAGUUCUUUUAAAUAGUAGUUAACUGGCUCCCCCAACCUUUAUAAUUUCUUCAUUGAGAUUUUUUAACGUUGGUUAACUUUGGUAUCGGGAUACCGUUCAGACCACCACCAGUUAACAUAAUUAAAUGUGAAGCAAGCUUCAAGAAUGGUAGACACAUUGAUGACUUUUGGCUCUUAAAAUUUCAUACUAGCUCUAAUGACUUCAGAAACGUUUUGGAGACUAAAUAUAUAAAAUGAAAUCCUGUACAUGCCUGAUCAUUAUAUUUAAAAUUUUGAUAAUUUUUUUGCUCCAUUAUUAGCUGGAUACUCUUGUUCAUUACAUCUUUAUGUUCACACGCAGCCAAUAAUGGUUAGCAGGAUCCAUAUAAAUAACAUAUGCGCUCACUCUUGAUCAGGCGUUCUCAGACGGGAGCUAACGGUUAGCACCCGAUCUGGAUACCAGGGCUCUAGUGUGAACUUAAAUUUAGUACAUGUCCAUUCACUUUCUAUUUAAAGGAGGUAUAAGUCUCAAUAUAUAAGCAUUUAAUUUUUUGUCAUUUGAAAACACCCCGCAAUACACCAGGUUUGCUCAUUAAUUAUUCAUCAUAUGAAUAUAGUAGUAUGCUUCCCAAUCUCAUUUGAGUGUAGGCCCACAAACACUUUUGGAAAAUAUUACUGUAGUAAUAUAAGAAAAAUGGUUUGUAUAAACAAACUCUAUUACUAAAUGUCAAUUUUUGUUAAAUAUUUAUUGAUAUAAAUUUGGUGCCUUUUGAAAAAACAAAAUAAAUUACUUAAAAUUUAUUUAUCAUAAUUUUAGUUUAAUUUCUUGAUAAGAUAUACCAUGGAGCUGUUUAUGCUCCAGGAAUGGAGAAACACAAAUAAAAAUGACACGUGUUUGUCAUUUAAUUACACAUACGUUCUUAUCAAGUUCAUAUUUCCACAAAAAAAUAUUUGCAGAUUAAUAAAAUUGAUUUUUGGUUAUAAUAGUAGCUUUUUUUCAGACAUUUUUAACAGUUAAUGUAUUAUUUUUAAAGAAUAAGAUGAAUCAAGGGUAUAGCAAUAUUCUUAAUUAUAAUUGGAAAGUAAAUAUUAAGUUCUGAAUAAUUAGUUUGAUUAUGAUCUAUUAACAGUAACAGUAUUCAUAAAUAAUAUGCUUCUAAUUUGAGCAUAUUUUUUGUCAAUAAUUUUUCAAGAACAUUUUAAUUAAUUAUUUUUUUGAGAUACUCUUGAAUAUUAAGUUCUUUCACAACUAUUUGCUCCUCAUGUUUUUGGAAAAAAAAGUAAAAAAAAAAGUAAUGGCUACUAACAGAACAGUUUACUUUGACAUGUAAUGUGUAAAAAAGUUGUUAAAGUCGCUGAUGUGUGGCCAUGGUCGUGUGAUUAUUAUGUCACAUCCUUGUGAUUGUAAAGACUUCAAUAAAUGAACAUAUUGCUUUUCCUAA